AUGGUUAAAGCCCAGUUGAACCCAACUGCUGUAAUUAGUCAUGGAAGCCCAAGCCUUCCCCCAGUCAAUCUUGGAAGGCCCUCAUCUAGUGGUUCCAAGCCCCAAUCAAAAGUUAAAACAGCAAAACCCACUAAUAAAUCCAAGUCCAAAGCUGUUGUUGCUCAGCCGGCCCAAGCAAAGCCCAAAUCAAAGUCUAAGUCUAAGGCUAAGCCCAUUUCACCUCCUGCUCAGCCCAAAGUCAAAUCCAAGAGUAAGUCCAAGUCAUCCCGAGAUGAAUUGCUCCAGUUAGCCCGCAAACUUGUGGAUCAAGCUGAAGCCCAAUCAUCCAAUUCAGACCAUCCAGAAGAAGGAUCAGAAAGUUCAUAUUCUUCUGAAGGAUCAACCAAUUAA